AUGAGUCGGUCGAUGGAGCGCAACUCGUCUCCGUCUUCGGGGGCGUAUCAGAUGUGGUUGGGGAACAUCCCAUUUGAUGCCACCGAAGAAGAUUUGAAGACACUGCUGUCGCGCGUGGGCCGCGUACUGCAGGUUCGCAUCAAGUACGACGAGGGAGGCCAGAGCAAGGGGUUUGCCUUCUGCGAAUUCCCCGAUCCGGAGACGUGUUACCUCGCGUACGUCACCCUGAACAACGUCGACUUGGGCGGCAGGAAACUGAAGAUCGACUUCGCCACCGACGAGCUCCGCCAGCGCUUCGGUUCCUCGGGCGGAGGCGGACCCAGCGGGGGAGUCUCGCGCCCCGAGAGACGAAAGGCGCAUGCUGCGGCCUUGCCGAGUUCUGCCCCGACUAGCGCGGACGAAACCUUUCGAGGCGCGGGCGCCGUUUCGUCUCUUCUCGGGCCUUUCCACGCGGGAGAGAGUCUGUUGGGCCCCGCCCCCAGUGGGAAGCUUGCAGGCCGCGGAAGAGACAGUCGCGGGCCGUUCUUCGACACGCGAGCUCCGGGCUUCGGGCUCCGAUCCCGGGCACUCACUCUGUACGACGGCGCUGCGGCCGCGACCGACAUCAUGGAGAUUCUUCGGACGUUUUCCACGACGCAGUUGCUGGCCUUUCUCGGCGAUUUGAAGAAACUGAUGAAAGAAGACGCCGCCUCCUGUCGGCGGUUGCUCCGCGCACACCCGGCUCUGGUGUACGCGGCGCUGCAUGCAGUCUAUUUGUUGGGGGCGUCGCGCGCCGAGAGCGACGGCCGCAAGCAAGAAGGCAGAAGCAGCCAGCGGUCGUCUUCUCUCGCCCCGCCCGAGAAGAAACAGAAAGUGGCGGAUGCACCAAAGGAGACAACCCGCGAAGCAGAGAAGCGCGCCACGUCGCUCGAGAGGGACGACCUCCGCUCGCUCGAACGCCGCAUGGGCCUGCCGGAGGCGCAGCUCGAGAAGGCCAGGAGGAACCGGGCGGAACGCCUCGAGCAACUCCAGCACGCAGGACUCUCUGUUCAAAUCUCUAAUGUCGUCUCUCAAGACAAGCCCGUCCACGGUCGUGCCCAUGGCGCGGGCGAGAAGGCGACGAGGUCGCCCGGGGACGUGGGGACGCGGCCUGACGGCCCCGGGGGCAUUGGCGGCCUCGGUCCGCAGGCUGGUGGAGCCCAACUCGCGAGCCCGCUGGCGCCCGAAAAAGUGGGCCCAAUCGGAGACAGGGCGGCGCCGCUUUUGGAGACACCCGCGGUGGGAGGGCGACCGCUUCCGGGUUUCGGCGAGGCGACUGCGCCGCCUCAGGCGCCGCUCCAGCAGGCUGCUCUCGUGCCCCAGAGCCUGGCUGCUGUCCCCCACGCUGGAGGUCAGAGUGUCUCUUUGGCGACACCGCUUCCUCAGCCCGUGCGCCCCACCAGAGGGCUGGAGGCGUUCCCGAUGCAGGAGGGGACAGAAAAAGGCCCGCUUCCGGGCCUUCCCGUUGCGCAACGAGGCGCGGCCCGAAGUGUCUCCUCGCCUCCGGCCGAUGUCCGAGGCGCCCCCGUUGGAGCCCCACACCAAGGCCUUCCCCUGCAGGCAGUUGCAGGCAGUGCUGUCCCCCUUACUCCGCCAGAGGCUCGGCAGGGCGCCCUUCCCGUCGGCGUGGCAGCUGAGGAGCGACGCCCAGUCGAAGAGUCACUGCGCGUGGCGCCGGGAGGGAGACAGUCCGAGGACAGAGACAUUUCGUUUACCGCCCUUCGGGGACUCCCUCCAGACGCAGCACAAGAACGGGGCCUUCCUCCCGGAGGUCCACCCCACGCUCUGCAGGCGCCCCACACGCGCCCUCAGGCAGGGAGACAGGCGGAGACACUUGGAGCCUUGCAGCCAGGGCGAGGCGGCGAGCGGCGACAGAGCCUGCAUGCAGUCCCCGGGCCUUCGACUGAAGCGCAAAUGCUUUCACAGGCGCCUACACCUGUGGCGGGCGGUUCCCCGCAUCCCGCUCUCGCAGUUCCCCCCGCUUCCGAUGCGCUUGUCGACGAGGUUUUGAAGAGCCCCGAUAUCCUUUCCAACGUUCUGGGAAGCACGCCGAGCGCGAUGCGCGACUGGCCAGAAGAACAACGCCAACAAGUCCUUGCUCUUCAGUCGGCGCUCUUGAGGAGGGGUUUCCGCGUCGCUCAGUGA